AAUGUCAAUUUUUCAUGUGAAAAGGAUAAGAAAAAGGAAUAUUCUAUAUCACUUAAGGAGCUAUUUGCGGUUACAAGAACAAGACACCCCGAACGUUUGUACAAGGACUCAAAUGAAGACACUAUUAGUAAAAUUGCUGAAAUGGAGGAAAUUGAAAAACAACAAAGUGUAGAUGGUAGUGAGUCAGUUGAUGCAUUCUCUUUGGUAAUGGGCCCUGAACAUCCAGGACGUUUGCGAUUAUAUGGAAAGGGGGUUACAAAGAGUUCUUUGAAAAGGAAAGCAGGCAACUCUGAAACAGUUUCAACUGCCACAAAUGAUGCAGUACAACAAAUGCAAGAAAGGAUACAAAAAAUGGAGGAACAAAUGGAGGAGCAAAGGAGAACCAUUCAACAAGAUGUUACUGCAAAUAUAAUUUCACAACUUCAACGUGCAGGAUUAAUUAAUGCCGAUGUUCUAGCAACACUGUGUUUUCAUUCACCUGGAGAAGCUAAUUCUGGACCACGAGCUAAUCAACUAAUCUCUCGGCCAUCUACAAGUAGCAACAAUAGAGGUUAGUGUCACUUUUUCUUGAGUGGC